AUGACACAGUUCCUGCCCCUGGAGCAGAGCCAGAAGGGCAUGAACCUCCACGAGUGUUGCUGUGGGCAUGAGAUAUCAACAUGGCUACAGGCCACAGCACAGACCAUGAACUUCUGCCUGGCCUUCAGUGGCAGCACAGACCAUGGACAUCAACACAGACAUGAUGUUGUGGCCUAUGUUGAAGUAUGGUCUUCCAAAGGGACAGAGAAUUACUCAAGGACAUUUGCAAAGCAACUUGAGGAUAUGGGGGCAACGGUGUCACACCUUCCUUGCGUUUUCCCAGCCCUCUUCUCGGAAUGGUGCUGUUGGGAAAUGUCCCUGUCAUUGUUCCACACAUGCGAGAUGGUGACACUUCCCACUGGGUUGGCUGAAUUUGAGUAUCAGCUACUGGUAUGCAGGAUGGCUGGAGCACUUGUUGAUGAGUCUUUGUUCCCUGCAGUGAAUACCGAUGAACAUUUACCAAACUUAAGUAGAAAAAAACACAAAUGUAUGCAACCCAAAGAUUUUAUUCUUAAAACACCAGAAAAUGACAAAAGACUUCAAAAGAAAUUUGAGAAAAUGGCUGAAGAGCUACAAAGGCAAAAGGCAGCUCUAGAUGACAACGUUCCUGUCCUCUUGUUUGAGUCCCCUCGCUCACUGGUGUACAGUUCCCCGGUGAAUGUGAUGAAGAGGAGACUGCAGGAUAUGAAGGAGAAGAGGGAGAACCUUUCCCCUACCUCCUCCCAGAUGUUGGAGCAGUCUCAGCAGAAUCCAUGUGUCAGUCUGUUUGAAACAUCCUUGAACAUUUCUCACCAACCUUUGAGUUCAGAUGAAUCCUUUGCCAGUGGUUCCCACUCAUCUUUNGGUGAUUCCUGUGGAGAUCAAGAAAGGAAACUGGGAAGAUCUGCUAAUGAGAUGACCAGGCUGACAUGCCCUUCCUCACCUGUGUUGAGGGCAAGCAGUUUUUAUGGUUCAGCAUCACCCAACCAUCUCAGGCAGCCACGUCCUCAGAAAGCUCCAGANAGUCCUUCAAAGGAGAGCAUCAACUGUCAGAAGGAUGCUACAGGUGCGGUAGAUGAUUCCGAGAGAAAGCAAGCUGCAGGUGUAUCUCAGGGGAUGCCUGAUGAGAAGCUCUGUCUGUCUCCUACGAUGUCCAUCAUAGAAGAACACCAAGUACAGUUGAGACCCAAGAAUUCUUCUGCAAAGAGAAAAAGGGCAGCGGACUUGGGUUCACCUCCAAAAGGAAAACUGAAGAAGAAGUACAAGAGAAAGUCUGCUCUGGCAAUACAGUUAUUCAAGUCCGACCAUAGCCCGCCGUCCACAAUNGGACUCAUUCCGGGAAAUCCUGACGUUGAGGCUUCUUCAUAUGAGGACUAUUUUUCCCCUGAUAAUCUCAAGGAGAGGAAUUCGGAGAGACUUCNUCCUGAGGCUCAACAACUAGCAAGCCCUUCUCUGUUCCACUGCAGAGGUCUCUCAAAGUGGGAGCGAAGAAACAUGCUGGAAAUGUGUGAUUUUACCUGCCUUGGUGAAAAGCACAGAUCCAUCAGCAGCAUUAGUGACUUAAUUUCAAAAAGUGCCUCUAGUCUUGAGAAACCUGUCAAGGAGGAAGUGAAUACAGCUUCUACCUCCUUGCUUUUGGUGGAGACCUCUGCUAUCAACAGCCCAGGGCAUUGCAGGCAGCCUGGCCCUCAGCUGAGGGAUGACACAGGCCCAGAGGGAAGCAGCCACCCUGACACCCUGUCUAGUUCUGCCCACCACAUCACACCCUUGGAAGGAAAUAGUACAGAAACCAGAGACCCAGGUGAUGGAAAAGGCUCCCCCAAAGAAGGUAGCACUCCUCCUGCAUCAGCCUCUCCCGAAGAUGAAGUGCACAUCUGUAAUCUCAGUUUGGGAGAGGAUUGUAAUGUAGAAAAGUCUGUAGAAGAAAAGGAGAACAUAGCCACAGGAUAUAGUGAAAGUAUGUUGAUGCUGGAGAGUAUAGGUGGCUCCACCAAGUACCCAGAAGGCUCCUCUGAGGAGGUUUUAUGGACUUUAGGCCAGGCAGGUGGGUUUGCAUCAGUAAGAAGUGGAGUCUCUCCUCAAGGUAGCGUUCUGCAGUACAUCACUGGAGCUGACUCCCAGUUUAAGUCCUGCUCUUUCCUGCAGCCAACGAGAACAUUGGUCAUGACAAGCAUGCCAUCUGAGCAGCAGACCCUCAUCAUCCAGGUGGUGAGCACACUGAAAGGCUUUUCAUUCUCACCCGAGGUCUGCGAGACCACCACCCACGUGCUGGUAGGGAAGUCUGUCCGUACCCUGAACGUGCUGAUGGGAAUUGCUCGCGGCUGCUGGAUUCUUUCUUACGAAUGGGUACUGUUGUCUUUAGAGUUUGGUCACUGGAUUUCUGAGGAGCCUUUUGAACUCUCCAAAACCUUCCCUGCAGCUCCGAUCUGCCGACUUGAACGCCAUUUAUCUACCCAGCAAUACCAAGGAACCCUCUUUGCUAAUCAGCCGAAGAUGUUCAUCGCNCCAGCCAGCAGCCCUCCCAGAGCCAAACUCUGUGAACUGGUACUCCUGUGUGGUGGCCAAGUCAGCCCAGCCCCUCAGCUGGCCAGCCUCAUCAUUGGUCCCUACAAGGGCAAGAAGAAAGCAAGGAUCCAGUACCUAUCAGAGAAAUGGGUCUUAGACUCCAUCACCCAACACAAGGUCUGUGACUUUAACAACUACCAACUGCUACAGUGAGACAUCUACAAUGAGGCUGCUUUCCUCAACACUCAAGAAGAACAACUCUGGAGAAAAGGAACCAGCAUACACCUUAGGGCUUGAAGUCACAUGUCAUUUUGUGUGCUAUGGUUUUUAUCUUCAGAGGGUAUGUGUUUUGUGUGUGUGUGUGUGUGUGUGUGUGUGUGUGUGUGUGUGUCUAGAGAUUAAAUCCAAGGCUUGCUAAGUAAGCACUGUACUGUUGAACUACAUCCCCAGCUUUUAUCCUUAAAACUCUUUAUGCAACUUAUUUCAGAGAAGUCUUGACCAGCACCAGUUGGGUACUUUAUACAAUACUAAUAAUGAUCAUGAUGAAAAGGUCACAGAACCUUUGUCCUUGAGAUAGUUUGUUCCCAACUAUAGAAUGGAAGUUGAUUUAAAUUGCUGUAGUCCUAAACAAUCAAACAGCUCCCUAAUGCUUCUGACUUAGACACUGAGAUCUUUAUUAGCGUGUUGUGUCUAGAUAGGAAGGACAAUCAUGCAUUAAGAUUGCAAUUAUGUCCUUUGAGAUGCCCCUCAGAACAUCUAAGGAAGACAGGUAUGAAUGUUUUAUUCACCGACCUUGCGAAUGUCUACCACUCUGCCUCUACUGACUCCCCUGAGGUUCCCUAAGGAAAGUCAGCUACUGGGGUAGAGUUCUGUCAAAGGUGUCCAACCCAUGGCCCGUGUAUCAGACUUGUUUAAGGGUACCUAGAAUGUAGCUCAUAUAAAAUUAUAAACAUAUUUAAAAGUAUUAAGAGAUUUGUGUGUGCAUAUAUCUCCCCCGAACCCUAGCGGGGUUGUAACUCAAUUGCACAGUUCUUCCGGGUGAACUCUCUAGAAGACCACGUUGUAUUGCACUGUGAAAAGGCUGGAUGUGCCAUCUUCAGGUCAGUCACUCUUCAGUGUGUCGACACGGGAGACUGGCCUGGGGCUUGCAGACCUCCUCCUGUUGGUGUCCCCAGUGUUGGGCUGUAGUCUAGUGCCACCACAUGUCAUGCUGCUCCGUCACCUAACAGACACUGAGUCCCAGUGAGCUUAAAAGCAGUGCUCAGCUCACUGUACUUUUCUGUAUUACGACUGGUUGCUCAUGUCAGCUGUUGUUUCCAUCUCAGUAAGCCUUAACGCCACUUCCAAAACCUUGUCAUUUCCGAGAUAAACAAUUAAAGCAUAUAGUUUGUGACUCUGGCAUUGGCCUUGUUCCCUGUACAAUUAAUGCUCUGAUGAUUCAUUCAUGUCAUGUGUGUCAGUACAUAAUUUCUUUUUGUUGCCAAACACUAUCCUAUGGCAUGGAUGUUCUACAGACUUGUUCCUUGCCCCAUGAGCAGAGUGCAGGUGUAAAGCCCAGUAGGAAAACAGUUGAUGAUGUCACAUUGUGUUGGGUGAUAGUUGAUGAUGUCAUGUUGUGCUGGGUGAUAGUUGAUGAUGUCAUGUUGUGCUGGGUGAUGGUUGAUGAUGUCAUGUUGUGCUGGGUGAUAGUUGAUGAUGUCAUGUUGUGCUGGGUGAUGGUUGAUGAUGUCAUGUGCUGGGUGAUGGUUGAUGAUGUCAUGUUAUGCUGGGUGAUGAUAGUUGAUGAUGUCAUGUUAUGCUGGGUGAUGAUAGUUGAUGAUGUCAUGUUGUGCUGGGUGAUGAUAGUUGAUGAUGUCAGGUUGUGCUGGGUGAUGAUAGUUGAUGAUGUCAGGUUGUGCUGGGUGAUGGUUGAUGAUGUCAGGUUGUGCUGGGUGAUGAUAGUUGAUGAUGUCAGGUUAUGCUUGGUGAUCAGCAGUCCAGGCUCUGUGAAAGGAGAGGAUCAGAUGAGGGUGAGAGAGACCCCACUCAUCACCCUCCUCAUCUUCUGUAAUCUGAGUAAUUCUGUUUCCCCUCACAAAUCCAUAGCUUGAAGCCAUCACUUGAAGCCAGAAUAAUGGUGUUUAAAAAGUGGGGUUUGGGAGACAUAAAAGAGAUGCUCAGCAAAGAGAAGCAAUAAUUUUAAUUAUUAGAAAUCAGUCUGAUGAAAUGUCAAGCNGCACUUAUAAUUAUGGAAAACACUACAAUGGAAGAAAUACUUACAAUAUGAAUUAAAACUACCAACUUAUUGUACAAUUCUAUAGUCAGCCAUGCCAAGUGUAUAUGCACCGUACAGUGACGUAAGUGAUUUAAGUAAAACAGACCACGGUUGAUUUUUAUGGUUCUUGUUAAUCUACAAUGCUUGUCCGG